GUCGUUGCCCGGGAACCACGGCUCCCGCAGCUGCAGGAGGCGCCAGGCCCCGGGAGCAGCCCUCGGUGCCGCCACCGCUCCCGCCGCCGCCGCCACCACCGCCGCGCCCGGCUCCGCUCCGGCUCCGGCUCCGCUCCGCUCCGCGCCCGCUCCGCCGGCCAUGCCGCCCCGCCGCGCCCAGGCGCCCCGCGCGCAGCUGCUGCCCGCGCCGGCCCUGCCGCUCCUGCUGCUCCUGCUGCUCGGCGCGGGGCCCCGCGGCCACUGCCUGGCCAGCCCGGUGCCCGCCGUGCCCCUGCCCGUGCCGGGGCCGUGCGCCGCGCAGCCCUGCCGGAAUGGGGGCGUCUGCACCCCGCGCCCCGCGCCCGGCCCCCAGUCCCCGACUCCCGCCGGCGAGAGCGGCUACACCUGCACCUGUCCUGCCGGGGUCUCCGGAACCCACUGCCAGAUUGUGGCGGAUCCCUGUGCCAGCAACCCUUGUCACCAUGGCAACUGCAGCAGCAGCAGCGGUGGCUACCUCUGCAUUUGCACGGAAGGCUAUGAAGGUCCACACUGUGAGCAGGCACCUCCCAGCCUCCAGGCCUCUGGCUGGACUGAGCCCAUGGCACCUAGACAGCUGGAGCCAGUCGCUGCUACCCAGGAGCCUGAUGCCAUCCUGCCCCGCUCUCAGGCAACCGAGACCCUGCCCACAUGGCAACCGAAAACGGGGCAGAAAGUUGUAGAAAUGAAAUGGGAUCAAGUGGAGGUGAUCCCCGAUAUUGCCUGUGGGAAUGCCAGUUCCAACAGCUCUGCGGGUGGCCGGCUGGUGUCCUUUGAAGUGCCACAGAACGCCUCAGUCAAAAUUCGGCAAGAUGCUACUGCCUCGCUGAUUUUGCUGUGGAAGGUCACGGCCACGGGGUUUCAGCAGUGCUCCCUCAUAGACGGCCGGAGCGUGACACUCCUCCAGGCUCCCGGGGGCCUGGUCCUCUUGGAAGAGAUGCUUGCCUUGGGGCCCAACCACUUCAUCGGCUUUGUGAAUGAUUCUGUUUCUAAAUCCAUCGCGGCUUUGCGCUUGACCCUGGUGGUGAAGACCAGCACCUGUGCUCCACCUGAGAGCCGUGCACGUGACCUAGAGUGCUCAGGAAAAGGGGCCUGCACCACGAAGCCAGCAGAGGCGACUUUUUCCUGUGACUGCGAUGAGCAAUAUGUGGGGGCUUUCUGUGAAGAAUUUGAUGCCUGCCAGAGGACACCCUGCCAGAACAAUGCGAGCUGUGUUGAUGCAAAGGAAAAUCAAUUUGGGAGCAAUUUCACCUGUGUCUGCCUUGCUGGUUAUACUGGAGAGCUUUGCCAGUCCAAGAUUGAUUAUUGUAUCCUAAACCCAUGCAGAAAUGGAGCAACAUGCAUUUCUAAUCUCAGUGGAUUCACCUGCCAGUGUCCAGAAGGGUACUUCGGCUCGGCCUGCGAAGAGAAGGUGGACCCGUGCGCCUCAUCGCCCUGCCAGAACAACGGGACCUGCUACGCCGACGGGGUGCGCUUUGGCUGCAGCUGCAGCGCCGGCUUCACCGGCCCCGCCUGUGCUCAGCUGGUGGACUUCUGCGCGCUCAGCCCCUGCGCUCACGGCACCUGCCGCAGCGUGGGCACCAGCUACAAGUGCCUCUGUGACCCAGGUUACCAUGGCCUCUACUGUGAGGAAGAGUACAAUGAGUGCCUCUCUGCCCCGUGCCUGAACGCGGCCACCUGCAGGGACCUCGGAAAUGGCUAUGAAUGCGUGUGCCUGGCCGAAUACAAAGGAAUUCACUGUGAAUCCUACAAGGAUCCCUGUGCUAAUGUCAGCUGUCUGAACGGAGGCACCUGUGACAGUGAAGGCCUAAAUGGCACGUGUGUCUGCACACCAGGAUUUACAGGCGAAGAGUGUGACAUCGACAUAAAUGAAUGCGAUAGUAACCCCUGCCAUCAUGCCGGCACCUGCCUGGACCAGCCCAAUGGUUAUACCUGCCACUGCCCCCAUGGCUGGGUGGGAGCAAACUGUGAAAUCCACCUCCAGUGGAAGUCUGGGCACAUGGCAGAGAGUCUUACCAACAUGCCCCGGCACUCCCUCUACAUCAUCAUCGGGGCCCUGUGCGUUGCCUUCAUCCUGAUGCUGAUCAUCCUGAUUGUGGGGAUUUGCCGCAUCAGCCGCAUCGAGUACCAGGGCUCUUCCAGGCCGGCCUAUGAGGAGUUCUACAACUGCCGCAGCAUCGACAGCGAGUUCAGCAACGCCAUCGCCUCCAUACGGCACGCCAGGUUUGGAAAGAAAUCCCGGCCUGCGAUGUAUGACGUGACCCCCAUCGCCUAUGAGGACUACAGCCCCGAUGACAAACCUUUGGUCACACUGAUUAAAACAAAAGAUUUGUAGUCAUUUUUUGGAUUAUUUUUCAAAAAGAUGGGAUACUACACUCAUUGAAAUAUUUUUAAGAAAAUAAAAAGCUUAAGAAAUUUAAAAUGUUAGCUGCUCAAGAGUUUUCGGUAGAAUAUGUAAGAACUAAUUUUCUGCAGCUUUUAGUUUGAAACACAUAUUUUAAACAUGGAAUUUGAGGAGUCCAUAGACUACGUCUUAAUAUACUUUCAUCCCUCUAAAACCUAAGCUUCGACUAGUGUGUGGUCUUUCCACAGUAGACCCUAUCAUGACACCCAGAUUAAUUUCUGUGGCUGUGACAGAAAUAGUCUAAUCAAGGAGAAGUUUCUAGUUAACGUGUGAGUGUGGCUUUCUGAGUAGAGUUAGGAAACACGUAGAAAAUGAUGCGUAGUACAGUAUCCCCGUGACUUAAAAAGAAGUCUGAAAUGUCUGUUUUGUGAAAAAGAAAGUAGUUACCUUUACUAUUCCUAACCUGAAUGAAAUUAGCCUUUGCCUUAUUCUGUGCAUGGGUAAGUAACUUAUUUCUGCACUGUUUUGUUGAACCUGUGGAAACCAUUCUUUUGAGUUUGUUUUUGUAAUAGUCAUCAAGCUAGGCCUUGAAAAUAUACUUAAGUGGAAGGGCCUCGUGAGGCAAUUGCAGUAGAAUUGGAUUUAUAUUUCCUUUGAAAAGUCAAGGUCUUUUUAAUUGUGAGCAAGUUACAUUUACGUUGGAACUGUCUGUUGCUAAGAGAUAGUAAAUGUAAGAGGGUAUCAGCCCCUUCCAUAGCGAGUAUUUCUCAUAGUGCAUCUUUAUUUAUACGAGGACUUUUUUGUGGCUGUAUUUGAUUGAUAUGUGCUUCUUCCGAUUCUUGCUAAUUUCAAGGAAUAUUGAAUAAAUAUUACCAAGUCAA